AUGGGCAAAAAGAACAGCAAACUGAAGGGGGAAGUAGUUGCCCGGCUCGCCAAGGAGACAUAUUUCACCGAGAAAGAAGUUAGACAAUGGUAUAAAGGCUUCCUUAAAGAUUGUCCAGACGGUCUUCUCACUGAGCAGGGGUUCCUCCGGAUCUACAAACAAUUCUUCCCACGGGGUGACCCCUCAAAGUUUGCAUCACUUGUCUUCAGGGUGUUCGACGAAAACAAGGAUGGUUCGAUCGAAUUCGAGGAAUUCAUCCGAGCGCUCUCGGUAACGUCGCGAGGAAAUGUUGAGGAAAAAUUACUAUGGGCAUUUCGGCUGUACGACGUGGAUAAUGACGGCUUCAUAACGCGAGAGGAGAUGUACAACAUUGUGGACGCCAUUUAUGAGAUGCUCGGCAGUCAAGAGAAAGGCGAAGACGAAGACGACCCACGCGCACGAGUAGAUAGAAUAUUUGAACAAUUGGACAAAAAUCAAGACAACAAACUCUCUCUAGAAGAAUUUAAGGAAGGCUCGAAGCACGACCCCAAGAUCGUCCAAGCGCUUUCACUGUAUGCGCCAUAA